AUCCCGCAGCCCUCGACGACCCCGGUCGUGGGCAACCUCCCCAACGUGGACCUGGACGACCCCUCGCGCUCGUUUGUCCAGAUGGCCGCCCGCUACGGGCCAAUCUACAAGCUCUCAAUACUGGGGUUGGACAUGAUUGUGCUGUCCAACUGGAAGCUCGUCGACGAGGCGUGCGACGACUCGAGGUUUCGCAAGUCGAUCAAGGGCGAGCUCGAGGAACUACGGAACGUGGUACACGAUGGUCUAUUCACAUCCACAGGUGAGGAGGAGGAGAACUGGGGCAUCGCGCACCGGGUCCUGGUGUCGGCGUUUGGCCCGCUGGCGAUCCGGGGCAUGUUCGACGAGAUGCACGAGGUGGCCAGCCAGCUUGUCCUCAAGUGGGCGCGGCAAGGCCCCACGACGCGCAUCGACGUCGGCGAGGACUUUACGCGGCUCACGCUCGACACGGUAGCGCUAACGUCGAUGGGGUUCCGAUUCAACUCGUACUACCAGAGCGAGAUGCACCCCUUCAUCACAGCCAUGUACGACGUCCUAACCGAGGUCGGCAAAAAGGGGAUGCGCUUCCUACCGUCCGUAUUCUACGCCUCCGAGACCAAAAAGUACCAUAAGAACAUUGCGCUCCUACGGCGGACGGCGCGCAAGGUUAUCGACGAGCGCAAGGCGAGCCCGGACGGCUUCAAGGGACGGAGGGACCUGCUGACGGCUAUGCUCGAGAGCGUCGACGUUAAGACGGGCCGUAAGAUGACCGAAGAUAGCGUUAUCGAUAACCUUAUCACGUUCCUCGUCGCAGGCCACGAGACCACCUCGGCGACGCUCCAGUUUACCAUGUACAACCUGCUCAAGCACCCGGACAAGUACCACAAGCUGCAGGAGGAGAUUGACUCGGUCGUGGGCACGGCGCCCAUCACGCUGGACCACGUUACGAAGCUGAAAUAUCUAGACGCGUGCAUUCGUGAGACCCUUCGCCUCAGCGCGCCAAUUUUCGCCUUUGGCCGUGAGCCCAAGCAGGACGAGAUCCUCGGCGGCAAGUACCGGAUCAGGAAGGACGAGCAGAUCCUAUGCCUGCUCUCGGGCUCGCACCGGGACCCGGAGGUUUGGGGCCCCGACGCCGACGAGUUCGAGCCCGAGCGGAUGCUCGACGGCGGCUUCGACCGGAUCCAGGCGCAGUUCCCGCACAGCUGGAGCCCCUUUGGCACGGGCAUGCGCUCGUGCAUCGGCCGCGCGUUCGCCUGGCAGGAGAUGCUGCUCGCCUACGCCGCGAUGCUGCAGACCUUCAGCUUCGUCAUGGACAACCCGGCGUACACGCUCCAGACCCAGACGUCGCUCACCAUCCGGCCCAAGGGGUUCUACAUCCGGGCCAUCCCCCGCGGCGGGCUCACGCCGCUGCAGAUCGAGGCACGCCUCGUCGGUGGCGCUGUGGGUGGAGGAGCCAAUGGAAACGCCUCCUCGCCUCCUUCGGCAACUGAGCAGUCCGCGAAGUCUGCUGCCGCCGCCGCCGCUGCUGGCGUGAACGGCCACAAGAUGGCGAUCUACUACGGCUCCAACUCGGGCACGUGCGAGUUCAUGGCGCGCAGGCUCGGCCAGGACGCGACGGACCGCGGCUUCACUGCUUCGGUAGAGCCCCUGGACGUAGCCAAGGGGGCGCUGCCCAAGGGCGGCAGCGUCCCUGUUGUCAUCGUGGCUUCGUCGUACGAGGGCCAGGCGCCGCACAAUGCAGGGCACUUUGUGCAGUGGAUCGAGUCUAUGAGCGAGAGCGGGCCGGCUGAGCUCGAGGAUGUCACUUAUGCUGUCUUCGGGUGUGGCCACAGCGACUGGGCAAAGACGUACCAGCGCAUCCCGCGUCUCCUGGACACGCAGCUAUCCAAGCUCGGCGGACAGCGCCUCGUGCCCAUGGGCGAGACGGACGCCAAGGUGCGCGACAUGUUCUCCGACUUUGAGACGUGGCAGGACGAGACGCUCUGGCCCGCGAUCCAGGUCAAGCUCAACAUCACGGCAAGCCAGGACGACGAGGCCAGCAGCCAGCGCCUAAAGGUGUCCUUCUCGACGCCCCGGACCUCGAUCCUGCGCCCCGACGUUAAGGAGGGUCUCGUUGCCGCCGCCCGCAGCCUGACUGGUGCUCCCGCCUUGUCGGGAGGGCAGGAGGGGGAGGAGAAGCGGCACCUCGAGAUUCAGCUGCCGACGGGCUGGACGUAUACAGCGGGUGACUACCUGGCUGUGCUGCCGCAUAACCCCAAAGCCACGGUCGCACGGGUCAUGCGUCGGUUGCACAUGGCCUGGGACGCCCACGUGUCCAUCGAGGCUGCGGGUACGACCACGCUGCCGACAAACACCAGCUUGCCUGUCUCGGAACUGCUAAGCUCGUAUGUAGAGCUGGGCCAGGUCGCCACGAGGAAGGAUGUGGCCACCCUCAGCAGGCUGGUCGAGGACGCAGAGAUCAAGGCCAAGCUCGAGAACAUGGCCGCCGACGGCUUCGACGAGCAGGUCCGCGCCAAGCAGCUCUCCGUGCUCGGCCUCCUGGAGGCGUUCCCCGCGCUCAUGCUUCCCUUCAACAUCUUCCUCUCCCUGCUGCCACCCAUGCGCGUCCGUCAGUACUCCAUCUCCUCCUCCCCCCUCGCCUCCCCUGGCCUGGCUUCCCUGACAUACAACGUCAUCGACCGCCCCGCCACGAGCGGCACGGGGCGGCACAUCGGCGUGGCCUCGUCCUACCUCGCGUCCGUGCAGGAGGGCGACAAGGUACAGGUCGCUGUCCGCAGCGCCGCCAAGGGGUUCCACCUGCCCCUCGAGCCGCGCAAGACGCCCAUCAUCUGCGUCGGCGCGGGGACCGGGCUGGCGCCCUUCCGCGCGUUCGUGCAGGAGCGCGCCCUCCUGCGGGAGAGCAGCAGCGGCAGCGGUAGUAAUUCAGAGGAGGAUCUGGACUUGGCCCCCGCGCUGCUCUUCUACGGCUGCCGCGACCCGGCCGUGGACGACCUGUAUCGCGAUGAGUUUGACGCGUGGGAGGCAGCGGGCGUGGUCAAGGUUUUCCGCGCGUGCAGCCGAGUCCCCGACAGUACGGACGGGUGCAAGUACGUGCAGGACCGGCUGUGGCGGGAGCGCGAGCUCGUCGGGGACCUGUGGAGCAGCAGCGAGGCCCGGAUCUACGUGUGCGGCGCAAGCAGGAUCGUCGAGGGCGUCAAGGACGCCAUGGUGCGCAUCCUGCAGAGCGAGGGCGAGAGGCGCGGGGAGCCGUCCGUGUCGUAUGAGCAGAGCCUCGAGCGGUUUGAGAAGCACCAGGCGGAGCGGUUCGUGCGGGAUGUUUUUGACUAAGGAGGCGUGUUACACUUCGUUGAAAUUGCUUGGUUCUAGCUCAAUGUUACAUGUCAUCCUGGAUUCUAUCUAAAUUGGUACGAUGAGGAGGCUGCCAUCAUCAGAAGUUGUAGCGUUAAGCUAUUCUCCCUUCAAAAGAUGUAUCUAAUAUGAGACGUCGAUUAUUCUCUAGUAUUGUUCGUCAC